UCUACAGCCUGGAUUGUCUAUAGUUGAGAAGCUCUUCUCGUCUAUUCCGAUGUUGUCCAAACGAUUGCUGUAUGCUUUAGGAUACAAAUCUCUGCGUUUUUGGCUCCUUGUUGUAGCUGCUUUUCUAUUUGUCUUAUUGAUUUAUAAACCACUUGUAUUUUACUAUCUGAUCCAUUAUGUUAAAAUGUUCGUUCUUGAAGUCCUCGCCGACGAUGAAAGGCUGCUUGCAAACGACGUCCAAAUUGCUGAAAAAGAAUGGAGAUUGUAYCAGUUUGAAUGGCACUACGGRCAACGRUGGUGCAAAGACAAUGAUAUYAAAUCUAGACCGGAUUGGACAUGGCUGACCGCGAUGGUGAAUGAUGAUUUUGCUGURCCAGCUCUAGUGCUUGGAUACUCGUUGCAAAAGCUCUCUUGUCAGAAGAAUAUGCUGGCUUUGGUGUCUAAAAACGUGUCAAAUUCUGCUAAAGAAGCACUUGAGAAAGUAGGUUGGACUGUAAAAGUAGUCGAAGGACUUGAUUGUGACUGGAUUGAGAGACAAAAGGGACUUCCUGAGUCACAUAUGGGCUAUAUAGGAACMCAUACAAGRCUUCAUGCWUGGARUUAUACUCAGUACUCCAAGAUUAUAUAUGCUGACCCAGAUUACAUGCCGAUGACCAGGAUAGAUGAGUUGUUUGAGAUCGAUGGUGACUUUGCUGCAAGUUCUUGCUCAAGACCUGGAAUACUUGAUCCUUGUUUUAAUGCUGGUUUGUUGGUAUUUCGACCUGGUACCAACUACUAUAAUGAAAUCAUGGACCUUUGGUGGAAAACUACAGAU